AUGCAGUUUCCCAUGGGCCCUGCCUGCAUCUUCUUGAGAAAAGGCAUUGCUGAGAAGCAGCGGGAGAGACCACUGGGACAGGAUGAGAUUGAUGAGCUCCGGGAAGCAUUUCUUGAAUUUGACAAGGACCGAGAUGGGUUUAUCUCCUACAAGGAUUUGGGCAAUCUCAUGAGAACGAUGGGUUACAUGCCUACAGAGAUGGAGUUGACUGAGUUGGGCCAGCAAAUCCGAAUGAACCUUGGUGGCCGUGUAGACUUUGAAGACUUUGUGGAACUGAUGACCCCCAAAUUGCUUGCAGAGACAGCAGGGAUGAUUGGUGUCCAGGAAAUGCGAGAUGCCUUCAAGGAAUUUGAUGCCAAUGGAGAUGGGGAGAUCACACUGGCAGAGCUGCAGCAGGCCAUGCAGAGGUUGCUAGGGGAGAAACUCACACCCCGAGAGAUUGCUGAGGUAGUGCAGGAAGCUGACAUCAAUGGAGAUGGUACGGUUGACUUUGAAGAGUUUGUGAAGAUGAUGUCUCGUUGAAGAAGUAAUGAGAGCUCCAGACACAUGCUGCCUUGUGAACAUGGGUCAAACACUUGUAGAGGACUGGAUGCUCACGAGCCCUUGAAGGAUAGAGGAUGGGAGUGGACUUGCCACUGUGUGGACUGGGGUGCAACUGCAAAUAGUUGCUUUGUUUCUUGGGAAGAGAGACAUGCAUAGAAUUGAAUUUAGAAAGAAGACUCUAUGUACAUAAAUAUGAAUUAUACUAGGAUCCAGUGCUACUCAAACAUCCCAGAGGCGAUGGCAUCUUUCUCUAAUUCUGUGUUUCCCACCAGAUUCUCCUUCCAUGCCUCCCUUAAGAAAAGUUGGUGUGGGAAACUUUUUCAUGGUCUGAAAGAAAAAAAAGAAAAUCUUUCGAAAAGUUCCACACACAGCCUACCUUUUCCAUGGCUACUCUACCAACAACUCAGUUUCCUUCUCUUGGCAAGAGAAUGUCCUACCAGUCACAGGGUUAUAAUGGGAAUCCUGCUAACAGUUUGGAAAUGCCCCAGGAAGAAGGCGUUCAAGGUUGAGUUUUUUACUUUCCCAGAAGCUCAGUCCAUUGCUUCCCUGUAAACACCCAUGUCCCCUUAGGGUGAGAUAACCUGGGGGAACUCAGCUAAACAUCAAAUCUGGAUUAUCAAGGUUUAAAGAAAGCUGAUCCCUAGGGGUACUUAAUCCCCUGAAAAAUAUCAAGAAUGAAAGAGGUGGGGGGAUCCCCCAAAUCCCUAGUUUAGCCAGGUGGUUAGAAAUUGCAAUGCUAUUUCCAGAAGCUCCUGUACUGAUAUGCCCUGGGCCACUCCAGGUAAGUCUCUACCUUAGGUGGUUUGUGGAUUCCAUCCCUCACAUACCAACAUGAAUCUAGAGAUUUCAGCCACCUUACCCUCAAGAUAAAAAAAUUUGUGCCAUGCCUUUCUCCAAGCUUCUCUUGCUUUGAUGUCCAUUAGGUAGAACUACAGACUGUCAUUUGAUCUCUGGUCAA